GGGCAGUGAUCCAGUGAUCAUCGAUGACGUCGUUGAUUGGGCGCUGAUGGUACUGAUUGGUAGUGAUUUAGUCCGCAUCUACAUCGUCCACAUGGCAAGGUAGUAAUAAAGUAGGUGUAUAAAGUGUUUCAGAUGGUGAUUUGUCAGUAUCUGCCGUAUGUUUAGUGACACUUUAUUUCGGAAAAGAAAACUUAAAUAAUGAAUAAAAGAAAGAGGGCGAAAGUUGAUGAGGAAAGUGAUGUCCCUUACAUGCUGUCCGAUUCUGGGGAUGAAUAUUCAGACACAGAGAAAAUAUUGCUAGAGAAAACGAGAACAGAUGGGAAUUCAGACAUUGAAGAAAGUGAGGAGGAAGUGUAUGGACUUCCCUCUAAUGACAGUAGUAGUGAAGAAGGUGAGAAGAUAUCUGACAGUGACAUUGAGGGGCAGGAGGAUAACAGCAAUAACCUGCCAAAUGUCAGAGCUUGGGGACAGAAGAGAAAAAACUUUUACAAUACAGAUUAUGUAGACCAUGACUAUGGAGGUUUUGAUGAAAAAGCUGUUGAGGCCGCAGAAUGUGAGGAGGAGGAAGCCAGAGCCAUUCAGAAGAGACUAGCAGAACAGCUGGAUGAAGGGGACUUCUCGCUUGAUAUGUUUGCACAGGUACCCCUCCAGAAGGAAAAAGAAGUGGAGGAAGAGGUAAUAAAGACAGACCUCAGUAAACUGAGCAAGAGGCAAAAAUUGGCUCUUCUCGAGAAAGAGUCUCCAGAAUUCUUUGGCAUAGUAGAGGACUUCAAAGCAAAUAUGACAGAGCUUCAGCUGAAGAUUGAGCCCAUCCUGAACCUCAUCAGAAAUGGAAAGUUACCAGCAUCACAAGCUGACAGUUUUAUUCGAACAAAGUACCACCUUGUGCUGAAUUAUUGUAUCAACAUAGCAUUCUAUCUGCUUCUGAAGACUAAGCGAAUAGCAGUUCAGUCUCAUCCGGUAGUGCAUAGGCUGUAUCAGUAUCAAGAGCUGCUAAAACAGUUGAAACCGGUGGAUGAGGUAAUGAGUCCACAGAUAGAGUCGAUUUUGGCAGCGGUACAUGAUGGAAAUGAGACCACAGCUGUCACCAGUAAGGAGACAAAUCAUGAUGGAAGGACAAAAGCUCCUAAGAAGAAACUGUUGAAGUUCCUCUCCAAUUUGAAAGGAGAAGCCAAAAAUAAUGAUAGUUUGAUGAAACUAUCAGCCAAGGGUACUGCCAGAGAAGCAGCUGCCAUUGCAGAGGAGGGUAUCCCACCUGAUAGUGGAAUUGCUGGGUUGAAGAGCAAGGACAGUUCUGGUAAGAGUGAACCUGAAGAAGACAAAGAGGCAGAAACAAAGGAGGAAGAGAAGCGAGGAAUCACAUACCAGAUUGCCAAGAACAAGGGUCUAACUCCACACCGUAAGAAAGAGCAACGGAACCCACGUGUAAAGCAUCGCAGUAAGUUCCGUAAAGCCAAAAUACGCAGAAAAGGACAGGUGCGAGAGCCUAGAAAAGAAAUUGAAAAAUAUGGAGGAGAGAUCUCAGGAAUAAAAAUUGGCGUUGUGAAGAGCAUCAAGCUGAAGUAGAUGGUGCUUGCAAGGUGAAGGCAAUAAACAGGAGCCAUAAAAUAAGUGUACCAUUAAAGUGAUAAAAGUACAAGAUUCAAUAAAGUUUCUCUUGAUGAUGC